CCUCAGUCAACCAUUGCUUCUAAUUCAUAUUCGCCUUUUCCGCCACCAACAUCUACGACUUCAACUCCGACAACCUCAACCCCGUGCCCAUUCAAAGCGUAUCAACGGCGCAAAGCUCUCACUCCAUCAACACCCUCCGUUCAAUCCUGACCUCAGAUCCGCCAUCAGUCCUCCAUCAUGUCUCUCCGCGUUGCGCCGCCAUCUUCCCAUCCGACCAGCACAACCAACACAUCCAGCUCCAAAUUCUCAACCUCGACCACAACCACCAAGAGCCAGGACCUCGACCGCGGCGCCCCGUCCGCCCCCGGUCUACCCGACACUUUACGCUCUUCUCUGUCCCCUUCAACUUCCACAACCAGCUCCGCACACCCUCUCGAAACCCGCCUAGCCAAUUGGACCGCCACGCAAGAAGCGACCCGCAUGAACCUCCUGCGCCGCAACUUCGGCCUCGCCGAACCCCUCCGUCGUGGGAUGGAGCUCAAGAUGGUCCGCGACGCCGAUUCUUUUCGACCGAGCGCACUCGGCGCGCCUAGUCGAGUGCACGAGGACCUCCUCACGGGAAAAGACGACCACAUCAGUUGGGAGGAUAUCUAUAACGGCCAAGAUGGUUUGACACUUGGGCUCAACGCAGCUGGAGAUGGGCAAGGCGUCGGCUGGACAGAGGAGAUGGAGAAGAAAGUUGGGAUGUGGAAGUGGUAGACUUGCAUCACGGUGGUAGGGAUCGAGGGCAAGUGUAGCGGCACGACUUUGUGUCUAGGAACUGUCAGACCCUGCUUGCUACUCUCGUUCGGCAUGAAUCUUGCAAUCUGGAACGGAGCGGGCAAGCAGGAGGGUUCAAUCUGGCUUCCACCUCUUGACAGAGGACCCUACAUGCCAUCUUCUGAGGGAGCGCUGAAAAUAGCAGCUUACUGCUGCUGAGAAAUGUCGAAGCGCUUAGGUUGGCACGCGUUGUAUCCAGAGCACACAAACGCAAAGACAACCUCCCGUUUCAUGGGCCAGCUCGUCUCUUCAGCCGUCUAAGUUGGGCCGUUGUUUACAAUGGAUGUGCAAACAAAGGCAGCAAAUCGGGGUCCAGUCUUCGUCUUCAUAGACAUCUAAGACACUGCGAGCAACUGGUAGACUUGCCAGUAUAUACUCCGUAUCAAUCAACAUCAUAA